AUGGGUCUUUUAACUACAGGAGGUGCACCCAUGCAGUGGGGAACAGAUGAGAAUGAACGUGCUAUUCCACACGUUUCGGAGCAUGGUAUAAAACAGUUUCUUACGAUGCAUCAAAAACACAGGGAGAAAAAUGCGGAUUACCCUUUCUUAUGGGGUGAAGAGAUUGAACAUCAGUUAAUACGAUUGGAGGGAAAAAAGGUGCGACUCUCAUUAAACGCUGCCGAUGUAUUGAAACAACUUAUCCAAAUGGGUGAUACUGAGAACGCAGGAUGGCGGCCGGAGUAUGGAAGCUUUAUGGUAGAAAGUGUUCCUGGACACCCGUACUCAUUGGAUGUAAAUUCAUUGUGUUCGGUAGAGAGUAAUAUACGACGACGGUAUCAACUCUUGGACAGUAAAGCUGGGGAUAACAACUUCGCCACCACGUUGGUUACCUUUCCACUGAUGGGAGUUGGCCAAUUCACCACGUCCGAGAGUACAGAAACACCCUUUUCUCAUUCAUUGUUCGUACCGGAUGUGUGCAUCAACGCAUCACACCCACGGUUCACAAAUCUUACAAGAAAUAUUCGUCUUCGACGAGGACGUAAGGUAUGUAUUCAAGUACCUUUAUAUAUUGAUAAAAAUACCCUUAACAACGCGGUGGACCAUCGUUUAAAUAUAGACCGUAGACCACAGAAUUUAGAAAUUGAUUGUGGUGUAUUGGAAGAAAAGAAAACCAAAAGUAAAAAAUUUGGUUUUGAGAAUGAGAUAAAUUUACCUCAAAUGGAAUCUAACCACUCUACAGAAGAAGCAAUGACGCAUCUUUACACUCCCGCUACACAUUAUUAUUAUGCACAGUACUUUAAAAAUACCCAAGCGGAACUUGUAAAACGACGCUAUGAGGCAUGUCCUUGCCCUAUUCCUUCAGUAAGUCAUCCAUGUAUUUAUAUGGAUUGUAUGGCAUUUGGUAUGGGUAGCUGCUGCCUACAGGUUACUAUGCAAUUAGCAAAUGAAUACCAAGCACGUCAUAUAUAUGACCAGUUAGCGAUUUUAUGUCCCUUAUUUCUCGCUCUAAGUUCGUCUACUCCAUUUCAGAAAGGUAUGUUAUGCGACUCGGAUGUUAGAUGGUUAACCAUUGCAGCUUCAGUUGAUGAUCGUAGGCGUGAAGAAGUACCACAAAUUAUUAAAUCACGGUAUGAUUCUGUGUCUGUUUUUGUAAGUCCUAUCACACCAAAUUUAGAGGAAUUCAAUGAUGAAGAGUUUACUAUAAAUGAUGUUUAUUAUAAAACUCUCACGGAAUCUGGUAUAGAUGCUCGUUUAGCAAAACAUAUAGCUCAUCUUUUUAUCCGUGAUCCUCUUGUGAUGUAUGAUCAAAUGAUUGACAUUGAUGACACUACGCAUACUGAACACUUUGAAAAUAUUCAGAGUACUAACUGGCAGUCUGUAAGGUUGAAACCUCCGCCCCUUGAAGGUGACUUUGGAUGGCGUGUAGAGUUUCGUGUAAUGGAUGUAAUGCCAACACCAUUUGAAAAUGCUGCUUUUUCAGUUUUCGUAGUUCUUCUUACUCAGGCCAUUAUAAGAUAUAAUGCCAAAUUUUACACAAAAAUGAGUAUAGUGGACGAAAACAUUGGUCAUGCUCAUAAUAUAAAUCCUUGUAGUCAAAAGUAUGUUAUGCGACGUGACAUCUUUGCAGGCACCAUCUCUAGUGACAGUAGUGAAAAUGGCAGGUUCACCGUCAAUGAGGUGUUUAAUGGGAAAAAGGGUGAAUACUAUGGCUUGAUUCCUCUUGUACGUCGUUACAUGGAAGAGGAGAAUAUACACAACUCCAUCAUUGAGGGUUAUCUUCGUUUUAUUUCAAUGCGUGCUUCAGGUGAGAUACCCACGGCAGCACAAUAUCUGAGAGAGUAUAUAAUGAAACACCCGGAUUAUAAGCAGGAUUCACGUAUUAACGAACAGAUUGCGCAUGAUCUUGUGCUACAUGUUCAUAAACUUGCCACGGGCGAAGUUACAGACGAGCAUUUUCUCCCCUUGAAUAAGAUUAGAACUAAGAGACCCCGUGAGUGA